AUGAAGAGGCAAGCUAAACAUUUACGAGGGCUUUCAGAAAAGGCAAUUUCUAAAGAAGUCCAGAGGGCUGAGACUCAGUUUCCCAACGCUGCGCGCCCCGCCCACCAAGCUCUCCCGAAUCCCCUGCACACACACCCCUCCUUCUCACCCCCUGAAGAAGUGCAGUGCAGGGAGCACGCUCCUCUGCCCACUAAGGCGGCCGCGCCCGCUGGCCCCGCCGGCUCCAGGCUAGGAAAGCGCGGGAGCGACCGGCCUGGCGCUGGGGACCUGCGACGAGAAAGGCUGUGCUUCUCAGUCCCCCCCAACCUGACGCCCAGCUUUCCACUCCAUCUUUCCUCCAACCGCCCCCCACGCCAGCCCGCCCCAGGGCUGCUGGCGAGUGAGAUUCCAGGCUUCCGCGCCGCGCGGCCCCUCCCCAGCGCCCACGAGGCUCGGGCGCACACCCCCUUCAGCCUCCGCUUUCCGCCUCGUGGUGCCCAGCGCGCUGGCGAGGCUCGCCCUUCCACGCCGCAAAGACAGGCGUCCAACGCCAGCAAGAGCAACAUCACCGCCCCCAACAGCGGCAACCCCAGCAGCGGGGCCGCGCGGGCCGGCGGCACGCACAGGUCUGCGUCCUGUGCCUUCUGCAUCUGGCUCCUGCAGUCACUCAUCCACAUCUUGCAGCUCGGGCAGAUUUGGAGAUAUUUCCACACCAUAUACUUAGGCAUUCGCAGCCGACAGAGUGGGGAGAAUGACAGAUGGAGGUUUUACUGGAAAAUGGUGUAUGAAUAUGCAGAUGUGAGUAUGCUGCAUUUGCUAGCCACCUUUCUGGAAAGUGCUCCACAGCUGGUCCUGCAGCUCUGCAUUAUCGUACAGACUCAUAGCUUACAGGCCCUGCAAGGUUUCACAGCGGCAGCCUCCCUUGUGUCUUUAGCUUGGGCCUUGGCAUCUUACCAGAAGGCCCUCCGGGACUCUCGGGAUGACAAGAAGCCCAUCAGCUACAUGGCGGUCAUCAUCCAGUUCUGCUGGCACUUCUUCACCAUCGCAGCCAGAGUCAUCACAUUCGCUCUGUUCGCCUCGGUGUUCCAGUUAUACUUUGGGAUCUUCAUCGUCCUGCACUGGUGCAUCAUGACCUUCUGGAUCGUCCACUGUGAGACGGAAUUCUGUAUCACCAAAUGGGAAGAGAUUGUGUUCGACAUGGUGGUAGGGAUCAUCUACAUCUUCAGUUGGUUCAAUGUCAAGGAAGGUCGGACACGCUGCAGGCUCUUCAUUUACUAUUUUGUGAUCCUUCUGGAAAACACAGCCUUGAGUGCCCUCUGGUACCUAUACAAGGCUCCUCAGAUUGCAGAUGCAUUUGCCAUCCCUGCGCUGUGUGUGGUGUUCAGUAGCUUUUUAACUGGUGUUGUUUUUAUGCUGAUGUAUUAUGCCUUCUUUCACCCCAAUGGACCCAGAUUUGGGCAGUCACCAAGCUGUGCUUGUGAGGACCCAGUAGCUGCCUUCACUCUGCCUUCAGAAGUGGCCACAAGCACUCUACGGUCCAUCUCCAACAACCGCAGUGUGUCUAGUGACCGUGAGCAGAAAUUCACAGAAAGGGAUGGGUGUGCACCCAUCUUUCAGGUGAGGCCAACUGCCCCAUCUACACCAUCAUCUCGUCCCCCAAGGAUUGAAGAAUCCGUCAUUAAAAUCGACCUGUUCAGGAAUAGGUACCCAGCAUGGGAGAGGCAUGUUUUGGACCGAAGUCUACGAAAGGCCAUCUUAGCUUUCGAAUGUUCCCCAUCUCCUCCAAGGUUGCAGUACAAAGAUGAUGCCCUUAUUCAGGAACGAUUGGAGUACGAAACUACUUUAUAGAGCAGAAGAACUUUCAGGAGCCACCAAGUCCAGUGAAGGAUUGACAGCGGGCUGUGGCAAUAGGAGACUUCAUUGUAGAAUAGGGCAGCCAGCUGUGAGCGUCUCCAUCGAGCUGACAUGGUGACUGUGCUAUGAGACAUUGUGGCUGACUGGCUGCUGCUGGUCUCCUGCGCAAACCACAGCUGUAGAGCAUCAGCGACUCCACCUGAGGAAACAACCCAGCAUAGGAAUCUCUGAUGCUACCAAACUUCUCUUACACAGUCUUUCAGUGCAUCUACCAGAGGGUCCUUUCAUCAUGGAGAACAUCCCGCAAAUCCAUAAGGUGUUUUUUGAUGGAGUAAAUGGAUCUUUACAUAAAAUACAGAUUCAGUCAUACACGUACACACACAAAAUACCAGUCCUUUGUCAAAAUAGCCCAAGUGCUUUUCCUUGAUGCAAAACUCGAGCACACACACACACACACACACACACAGAGAGAGAAAUAAAAAAGAGAGACUGAGUGAAUAUAAUCUCUCAAGACUGCAGAGAAGAAAAAAGAGUACUGAAGAGAAAGCAAACCAUAACACAUUUUCUCAUUUGGAAACAUUCCAUGCGUGGAAAGUGUCCCCAAUGGACAGCAAUUCAAGUGUGCUUACACAUGCAUUCAAAUUAAUGGAAUUUGAAUUUAUUUUCUAUACAUUUCAGGAUUUAUUUAUAUUUUAUUUUACAUUUUCAGCUGGGAACAUCCUUUAUGACAGAAAUCCUAUGCAGCACGUUUAUGGCUCUCAGUUAGACCAAGGAGCUUGCCAACUUAGUGAUGUAAAUGAAAUGAUAAUCAUGAUUCAGUAUUCAGUUGCAAAAUUUUAAGAAAAAAUAGAGAGGAAGUGGGGAAAAGGGCAGGAGGGAAGUCUCAUUCUGUGCUGGGGUGGCUGCCACUGGCACGACAGGUAACAGUGGCAUAGUGCAACAAUCUGGAGCAGGAUCCAGUUUGGGACAGCAGAUGCCCAACUCCGGGAAUAUAGGCAGGCAGCAUAAGAAAGCAUUACAUUGCCAUAACUCUCUAGUGCCAAACACUGAGCACCUCAAGUUAGACACGGGACCCUGAAGGACUGAGUUCCACAGAAGCAGGCAAAAGAAAGAGCAAUCAAAUUCUAUGCUCUGGACAGAUGUUGUUCCUCAUCGAAGGUCAACCUGAUGUAUCUUUUAGAGGCUUUGGUACACAUAUUAGUAAGUGUGAGCGGUCAAAUGCAGUGAAAUGUACUAUGAGAACACUCUUCUAAACUGUAUCUAGCUCAAAUUUGUACGUAUUUGAAUUAUUUGUAAAGCUGCACUCUUACAAGCUUCUGGGUCUCAAAUACCUCCGUACAGCAAGUGAACGUCACCCUGCUUUCUGUUCUGUGUUCUCCUGUCAUGGUGCUUUUUGUUGCAUUAAAAGUGCCGGUCAAACUUUGAUAGUAUUUUUUUAUAGUUGGUGCAGAGUGGAAUAACUCAUGGAUUAUUUCAAUAUUUUUGUAAUAAAAAAUAUAGGGUAUACAUAUAGGUAUCAUCACUUUUUUUAUAGACCUGGAAUUGUUUCAGCAUCAUACGUUCAGCAUCAUAAUUACUUGGUAUAUCUUAGGCUGGUACAUGCAUCCAUCUGCUUGCCUCUUCAGAUUAAAGGCACUUGUCUCUUGCAAGAUCACUUGACUUUGCCAUGUUGGUGCCCCCAGGAACCUGGCCAGGGGUGCUAUCAGAAUAUCAGGUGAAGAGAGAAUCUGAUUAUCUAGAAAGGGCUUGUUGAGACUGGCCAAUGUUUCCCAGGAAAUCAAAGAUGCACACGCUUACUCCCAUCUGUCCAUCAUUACCAGCCUGACCACAGUGAAAGAUGUCUUAAACUGCCUUCCCUGGUUUUUUUUUUGACACAAGUGGUUAAUCAAAUGUUAGUCACAACACCAAAAAGAUAGUGGGGUGGGGGGAGAAUCAAUUUAAUUUAUUCAUUCAGUUAUUUGGACUGAUUCAUUCAUUCCAUAUUGUCAAGUACUGUCGCCACCAACUGUAAUUGGUGCAUAACGCAGAAACUGCCCCGUGUUGAUAUUUGCAAAAAAGGAAGAGAGUGCUCAACUUUUAAGACUUCUUUUGGUACAAAUUCUUGGAGCAGUUUUUUCUAAUUAACAAUUUUUGAUCAGCAGAUGUACUUUCAUAGUACUCCAUAACUUGAUCCGCCAAGCAAGACUUCCACUCAAAAAUAAUAUUUUGAUGGUGUAUGGGAAAAAGAAGUAACCACCAGUAAAACCCCAAGAAGACGCCCUUCUUUUCAGUACCUGGUGAAAGCAUUCCACUCCCGUUUUAGAAGGAAAAAACAGCAGUAUUUUGGCAAAUUCUUUAUUCUCGUGCAGAGCCACACUACCUAGCUUCAUUAUUUCCAAGAAAGCUUUUAUGUGAUGAUCUUUGGAAAUUCAAUUGUCCAGUGGAACUCUUCCUUUGAUACCAUGAGUAGAUAACAGAGAACAGUAGAUGUGUCUAUCAACACAAGAGCCAACAAGCCAGUCUCUCCAAUCAUGUAAGUUCUACCUUAUUUCUCUACUUGUCAUAUUAAAAGUCAAAACAGACACUAUGUUGUCAGGAAGGUGUCAGAAUGUUUUAGCAACUUCCCCAGUACUCUAAAUGCUCUGUUAUCAAGCAUACUUGAAGGAUACAAUGUUUUAGUCCAAAGUUCUUGGUAAGAAAAUGACAUCUCCAUAUCGUAAAACACGAACUUUCAAAAGUUUGAAAACAAGAUCUUUAGUUAAGAAAAAUGAUGAACAAAAUAUGCGUGUAUUAUUGAAUGGAAAACAAAUUUGCCCUGUAAACGUUCACUCAUAUCACAAAAGACAGAUUUUAAAAGAGAAAAAUAUCAUGAUUAAAUCCUGUAGGACUCAGAAUGUACUACGCUACCAUUGUGGAGAUAACAACUUUUAGUAGUUUCUAGAUACAUAGAUAACAGAGAGGUUAAAGUAUCAGAGUUUAAAGACAGAUUGUCAAUGGACAAAGAGACAAAAUUUAAUUUUUUAAUUUAUAUUUUAAUUCUUAAGGUUUCAUUUUCAACCUGCCAUUAACCCCUCCAUAGAGUGUAACUGAAGAAUCCAGAAGAGAUGAGCUAUGUUUAGCAUACAAAUUAGAAACCAUGUUUUCUCUAUUGUGGACUCAGAUUUUCUAUGCUUAAACCCACUUUGAAUCUUUUAUUAGAGGAAUCAGCCUGAUAGGACUUAAUUUUUGCAUAGGACCAUGAAAAUUUCUAAAGGGAAAAACAAGUUUUUUUCUUUUUAUGGUCAGCCUGACAUUUCCAAAUGAAACCAUAUUUAAAGAUUAUCUAUAAGACUAUGUAUAUACAAAGAGGGUCAAAAAGUUUGUGAGAAAAAUCCAUUCUCCUUUUAGUUUUCUAUGAACUUUUUGAAGUCCUCUUAUUUUAGAUAUAAGUAUUUCUUGUAUGGAAGAAAAAAAUCUUCAUGGCAGUCUAAGUCUCUCCUCCCCAUCCCCCUCCUCACGGGCAAAAGACUUUGCCCUCUAAAUCUGCUAUUGUUUGCGUGACCCUACUUACUUAUGGCCUGGUGGCUUGGUGGGCAACGCCUUGGGCAGCUAACUACAGAGCUACAGUUCAGACCACCAGUCACGCCUCAAUAAAGAUGGGGUUCUGCUCCCUGUAAAGAUUUGCAGCCUCAGAAACCCACAGGGGCCAUUUCAAUCUGUCGUAUAGGGUCACUUUGAAUUGGAAUCAACUCAAUGGAAGUGGAUGUGUUUCCCAGCUCCACCCCUACUCCAACUUAAUUAUGUACUAUCUGGAUCCUCCGUUAUUAUUCAUUUAUGAUGAUUCUGUCAAUCUACAAAAUUAGAAUGGUGAUCUUAAAUGGUAUGGCAAACAAUAUGUAAUUCCAGUAUGAAUAAAAAGAUAUCUUGUAUACCCGAAUACAAAAAGCAUAAUGAAAGUAUUUCUGCUUAAAAUGGUCAUGUUCUAUAGGUACCACCUGUAAUGAGUAUAACUUGUUUGCCAGAUAUUUCAAAAUGCCCAGUUCAUUUUGUUCUAUGAAUAAAUGAAGUGAUAGCACUAAUUAAUUAAAAUUAUAUGGGAAUAA